UUGGGUGACGACAUGUGCUAGGGAACAGCAAGGAGGCAGCAAAGCAUCCAAGCUACUAAUGCUGGGAUUGGAGGUCGGAAGCUGCUCUAUGGGGAGACCAGGGCGCCUUUGCAUGGGCUAAGCAGGAGGAGUGUGCCUUGCCCUCCACCCUCCUUCCUCUUCUCCCCUCUCCUUCCCACCAAGGGGUUGCUUUUCAUGAUCCAAGCAGACCUCCAAGGGACUGACAGCCUGGGUGCAGCAUGACAAGACAGACUGCAGGAAGCUGUGAGGGUUGCUGAAGAUGUCAGAGAGCCUGGACACGGAAGAGAAACCUCCAGCGCCUCCACUGAGAAUGAACAGCAACAACCGCGAUUCUUCUGCGCUGAACCACGGCUCCAAGCCUCUCCCUAUGGCUCCCGAAGAGAAGAACAAGAAGGCCCGGCUACGCUCCAUCUUUCCAGGCGGAGACAAAACAAACAAGAAGAAAGAGAAAGAACGUCCCGAGAUCUCCCUCCCUUCGGACUUUGAACACACCAUCCAUGUGGGCUUUGAUGCGGUCACCGGGGAAUUCACCCCAGAUCUCUAUGGCUCACAGAUGUGCACAGGGAAGCUCCCAGAGGGCAUUCCUGAACAGUGGGCCCGGUUACUGCAAACCUCCAAUAUAACCAAACUGGAGCAGAAGAAGAACCCGCAAGCUGUUUUGGAUGUCCUCAAGUUCUACGAUUCCAAAGAGACUGUAAACAACCAGAAAUACAUGAGCUUUACAUCAGGAGAUAAGAGCGCCCACGGAUAUAUUGCGGCCCAUACUUCGAGCACAAAAACAGCCUCGGAACCCCCACUCGCCCCCCCUGUUUCUGAAGAAGAGGAUGAGGAAGAUGAAGAAGAGGAUGAUGACAACGAACCUCCACCGGUUAUUGCCCCUCGGCCAGAACAUACAAAAUCGAUUUAUACCCGUUCUGUCAUUGAGCCUGUUGCAACUCCAGCCCCGGUGAAGGAGCCCCCCACCCCGCAGCCUGAGAACUCCAACACAAACACUUUGUAUAGGAACACAGACCGGCAACGGAAAAAAUCCAAGAUGACCGACGAGGAAAUUCUAGAGAAAUUAAGAAGCAUUGUGAGUGUCGGGGACCCAAAGAAGAAAUACACACGGUUUGAAAAAAUUGGCCAAGGGGCAUCGGGUACAGUGUAUACUGCAAUAGACAUUGCUACAGGGCAGGAGGUGGCUAUAAAACAAAUGAAUCUCCAACAGCAACCCAAAAAGGAAUUAAUAAUUAAUGAAAUCCUGGUCAUGAGGGAAAAUAAGAAUUCAAACAUCGUGAACUAUUUAGAUAGUUACCUUGUUGGUGAUGAACUUUGGGUCGUCAUGGAGUAUUUGGCCGGGGGUUCGUUGACGGAUGUUGUUACAGAAACCUGCAUGGAUGAAGGACAAAUAGCUGCUGUCUGUAGGGAGUGCCUGCAAGCUCUAGAUUUCUUGCAUUCAAACCAAGUGAUCCAUCGAGACAUCAAGAGUGACAACAUUCUCCUUGGGAUGGAUGGAUCUGUCAAACUCACUGACUUUGGCUUCUGUGCCCAGAUUACGCCGGAGCAAAGUAAACGGAGCACAAUGGUAGGGACCCCUUACUGGAUGGCGCCCGAAGUCGUCACGCGGAAAGCGUACGGCCCCAAAGUGGACAUCUGGUCUUUAGGGAUCAUGGCAAUAGAAAUGGUGGAAGGAGAACCUCCGUAUCUGAAUGAAAAUCCUCUCAGGGCCUUGUACUUGAUAGCCACAAAUGGGACACCUGAACUCCAGAAUCCCGAGAGAUUAUCUGCUGUUUUCCGAGAUUUUUUGAACCGCUGUCUUGAGAUGGAUGUUGACCGACGCGGUUCUGCAAAGGAACUUUUGCAGCAUCCGUUUUUAAAACUGGCCAAGCCACUCUCCAGUUUGACCCCGUUGAUCAUUGCGGCAAAGGAGGCGAUAAAGAACAGUAGUCGCUAGCGGCUUGAGUCGCCCAUAUUUACUCCAUCUUAGCGGGACUGAAUUGGGGGGGAAACGACUCUGUCGAACCUCAGACUUUUUCUGCUGCUGGAUGGGAAGGUGAAGAACCAUCAUGGUCGCAGUUGACGGGGGACAGAGGUCGUGGUCCUCUGCCCCUCCCUGCAGAAGAGAAAACUUAUCACUUGUCUCCUUCCCUCUCUUAGACCCCUUAAUUUAUUUCUAAGGUGAACAGGAGCUUCGCGGACAGAGGCAGGACCGUAAGCUUCUUUUGUGCUUUCGGCCAUUUCUUGGGAACGGGGGAGCGACGGUGCCGCAUGAAGGCUCUCCGCACUCAUCCGGACAAGAGCGGCAGCCCCAACGGCCCCCUCCUCUUCUGAGUCUUCCCCCACUCCUCUUUUGGCUUUGAAACUGAAGGGAGGUCCUCUUCCACUCCACUCCUUGGGACGGAUCCCAAACUGUUUACAAGCAACUGGUCGGUUUGCUUGUCCUGAGAUGAGGAGGAUCCUGAGGAAGCUUGCUUUAUUUAACCAAAUAAUAAUGAUGAUGAUAAUAAUAAUUAAUAAACCAAGAAGCAGAUCAAUCACAGCAUCCUCUUUGGGGUGGGUGGGGAUUAUGCCUUGAAAUAUGGAUAGCAUCACAUUCCUGGGAAACCUAAGGAUGAUGUGCUAGGUAUUGGCGUUUCUAAGCUGGUGGAUUCUUCUUCCCCAAGAAGAAACAAAACUUGUAAUGUGAGAAUCUCAUUGUUCCAACUGGGCUCAUAUUGACUUCAUAGCUAAUAUAGUAUGACCUCUCAUAUCCAUGAGAUUGGUCUUCAUGAUUUCACUUAUUUGCAUCUGAAAAAAAUUUCUCUCUAGGAAUUUUCUAGGUCCUCCAGUAUGAUUCUGUGGUAUGUUUUUGCCAGAAUAUGGCCAUAGAGCCAUGUUGGCGGAACUAAAAAUGCUAAAGAUGUGGUCUCUAGGUCCUUCAUGCAGUGUAUGCGUCUGCCAGAGUAUGACCAUAGAUUCAUGCUAGAAGACUUAGAAAUGCUAGAGAGUUGCUCUCUAGGAAUAUUCUAGGUAAUCUACUGGGACUCUGUGAUACAUUUUUGCCAGGAGAUUACCAUAGAGCCAUGUUGGAGGACCUAGAAAUGCUAAUGAUGUGGUCUCUUAAGUCCUUCAUGCAGUGUGGUAUGCUUCUGACAGAGGAUGACCAUAGAUUCAUGCUAGAAGAGCUAGAAAUGUUGGAGAGCCGUUCUCUAGGAUUAUUCUAGGUCCUCUAGUGGGACUCUCUUAGACAUUUUUGUCAGAAGAUGACCAUAGAGCCAUGUUGGAGGACCUAGAAAUACUAAGGAUGUGGUCUCUAGGUCCUUCAUGCAGCGUGGUAUGUGUUUGCCAGAAGAUGACCACAGAUUCAUGCUAGAAGAGCUAGAAAUGCUGGAGAGCUGCUCUCUAGGAAUAUUCUAGGUUAUCUACUGGGACUCUGUGAUACAUUUUGCCAGAAGAUGACAACAGAGCCAUGUUGGAGGACCUAGAAAUGCUAAUUCUGUGGUCUCUAAGUCCUUCAUGCAGUGUGGUAUACUUCUGACAGAGGAUGACCAUAGAUUCAUGCUAGAAGACCUAGAAAUGCUAGAGAACUUCUUUCUAGAAAUACUCCUUGUCCUCUAUUGGGACUCUGGGAUACAUUUUUUGCCAGAAGAUGACCUUAGAGUCAUGCUGGAGAACCAAGAAAUGCUAAGGAGGUGUUCUUUCUAAUCAUUUACUAGAUGCUUCCACAUGAAUCUAUGAUAGGCUUCCACUGGAAGCUGACCAAAGGUUCAUUCUGGAAGACCUCAAAAUGCUAGAGAGUCCAGCAUGAUUCUCCGGAGGAACUAAACAUCUAAGUCUUCCAGAGAGACUCCAUGAUAUGCUUCCACUGGGAUUUGUUCAUUUUGAAAGGAUUCACAAUUACUUGCAGUUUCAUGUUUCCACAAUAAGCCCAGAAAUGUCUUCUCUGCAGUUAUGGGGAUCGUUGUACAAUCACCAAUGAGACCAGUUUGGCCAAGUGCUCAUUUCCUUCCCAAUCCCACUGAACUGAAGUUGACCAGGAAUCUACGUCAUACUUCAGGAUUCGGACUUACUGCACCUAGAUUCUUAAAGAACUCACUUACAAGGGAAACAGGACCUUUGCUUCCAUGGUAGUUCCAAAACUCACUGAGCCAUAGCUGGUCAUGCCAUAAUCCAUACUGGUGUUGUCUUGAGAAAAUGGCCUCAUGGACCUCCCGUGACGUUAACCUAACUGGGUCUAGGAGAACACCAUCUUCAAGCCAUGGUCAUUGUGAUGGUGUUAGCUGAAAAUUCUUCCUCCUCCAUAGAAAAAACUUGGCUGAGUAUCUGAAGCCAUCUCAAUAAACAGGGUUUGGGGAGGGUUGUAGUGGUUUGGAGCCUUACUCUGAGGAUUCCCACCCGAUUGCUGUGUGUACUGAAAUAGGUAGGUUUGGUGCUCAUGAAAGUAGGAAUUAUUUUUCCAGAGCCACAAAGGAGCGUGGAAAAUGCAGCAAUAUCUAAACCUGUUGUGGGGAUUUCUUGCUUAGGUUUGCUAUAAGCUGUGAUCCUGAAUGCAUACUGUUGAACCUGGAAUCUCUGAACUCUUUGUAUUGCUGAAACUGGGCCAUGACUGUGAAUAUCUGUUCAAGAAGCAAACAAGCUUUGAUUAAAUGAAUUUGCAUUAAUGUUUCUUCCGA